AUGGCCGAGAAAGAAGAGGGUGUGAAGCUUAUAGGAUCGUGGGCAAGCCCAUUCAGUCGUAGAGUCGAGAUGGCUCUCAAACUCAAAGGCGUGCCAUACGAUUACUUGGACGAAAACUAUUUGGUCGUCAAGAGCCCUUUGCUACUUGAACUCAACCCAAUUUACAAAAAAGUGCCUGUUUUGGUCCACAAUGGUAAUGUACUACUCGAGUCACAUCUCAUCCUUGAAUACAUCGACCAAACAUGGACAAACAAUCCAAUUCUACCGGAGAACCCGUACGACAGAGCCAUGGCUCGAUUCUGGGCCAAAUUCGUCGAUGAACAAGUAAAUUCUUAA